GCCGCCUCUGCGACCCCUUAUCUACCGGGAGCACUUUAAUAAUGGCCAGUAAAUGCAGGGAGGAUGCCGGAUAAAGCCACGCAAAGUCGCCAUUUAAAUCCUCUUGUGUCUGUUGAAGAUGCACUGGUCACCAGAGCAUGCCCAGUCCCUGAACCAGUGGCCGGAGCAGCACCUCGAUGUCUCCUCCACCACCUCCUCGCCAGCCCACAAGUCCGACCUCUACCCCAGCACCCGCCAGCGCUUCAACUACGCCUGGGCCAACGAUGACAUCUCGGCGCUCACCGCCUCCAACCUCCUCAAGAGGUACGCUGAGAAGUACUCGGGGGUGCUGGAGGCGCCCUACGAGCGCCCGGCGCUGAGCGGCUACGGGGAUGGAGCCUUCGGGCCGGUUAACGGGCAGAAGGGGGAUGGGGAGCCCUGGCCGGCGGCCCAUGGCUCUGACGGUGCCUAUCCCCUGACCCCCAUCCACGAUGGCCUCCCCAGCGCCAAGGGGGUGGUGCCACCCGCCGUCCCCCCCAGUGGCGGGGCCAUCGGGCUCGGCGGCUCCCCCGUGGUGUCCGCCAACCUCGCUGAUCCCAUGUACCCUGGGAACUCCUGUGGAGGGGCCACCGCUGGCUCCGGCGGGCUUGGGUCAUCCCAGGAGUACUCCUCAGGCUACGGUGGCACCUACUUGCCCUCCGGCUACUGCACCCAGCCAGCGGCAGCGCUCCCACCCCCACACCCCUCAGGGCUCCUUCAGCCCCCGCACCCGUCGCCCGCCCUGGUGCCAGGCUACGGCUCCUCCGGCUCCAUGUACAACUACGGCACCGGCAGCUACCCCCCGCAACCGGGCUACGGGACCAUCCACCCACCCCAUCCCUCUGCGUCCUACCUGCCCUCUGGCAUCGCGGCACCCACCCCCAUCCCGGCCCCGCCACCCGCUGCCCGGCCCCCCGGGGUCCCCAGCUACAGCUACCAGGGUGCUGGCCUGGCCCCCCUGGCCGUGCCGCCCCUGGGCACCGAGGCAGCGGGCGCUCUGAAGAGGAAGGCUUUUGACAUCUCCGGCGGGGAGGACGAAGCGGAGGGCAGGUACAGGAAAUACAGCUACGAGCAGCCAAAGUCCCCCUACCCCAUGUCAGACAACGGCGAGUGCCGGGGCAACGGGUUUGGUGGCAGCGCCGAGUCCCCCCAGGUGGCCUUCAAGCCUGGGAAGCGGCCAGCAGGAGCUGGCAACGCCGAGGAGCACGCCGGCAAGUAUGGUGGGCAGCCGAUGAAGAGUAUGGUCUCGCCGCCCUACGGUUCUGGGGAUGCUCCACUGCGGCCUGCAGAGCCCUUUGAGAAGUUCAGCCCCCCCCUUGCCAACGGGGAGCGGGCGGCUGAGCCGGGACCCCCCUUCCCACUGCGGCUGCCCCACAAAGCCCCAGUUUUUGGCAGUCCACCGGUGGAGGAGCAACCCAAGAAUGUCGACCCCCUGGUCCUGGAGCUGGUGAACACCAAGAUCGUGGAGCGGGGGCCGCCUGUGCAGUGGACGGACAUCGCUGGGCAGGUCUCUGUGAAGGCCAUCAUCGAGGAGGAGCUGGUGUGGCCCAUCCUGCGUCCCGGCGCCUACACUGGGGCGAACCGGCCGCCCCGAACCGUCCUGCUGUUUGGUCCCCGUGGCACAGGGAAGACCCUGCUGAGCCGGUGCAUCUCCACCCAGCUGGGCUCCACCUUGCUGAAGCUCAGUGGGACAACCCUGCUCUCCACGUGGAAAGCCGAAGCUGAGAAGAUCCUGCAGACCGUCUUCUUUGUGGCCAGCUGCCGGCAGCCUGCGGUGGUGCUCAUCACCGAGGCCGAGUCCUUGCUGGUGGCCCGGGCUGGCGAGGAUGGCAGCCAGGUGAGCAACCUCAAGUCCCAGCUCCUUUCCUACCUGGACAACGUGGCUACCUCAUCCGAGCAGAACGUGGUCAUCAUUGGGACCACCUCCCGGCCUGGCAGCAUAGAUGAAGCUUCCCACCGGCGCUUUGCCAAACGGUUCUACAUCUCCCUGCCCGACAGCAUCGCCCGGCGUCAGAUCCUCCAUCACGCCCUAACCCAGCAGAGCUCCUGCCUGAGCGAGCGGGAGAUGGCCUCCCUGGUGCAGCACACGGAGAGCUUCUCGGGCAGUGAGCUGCUCCAGCUCUGCCAGCACGCCGGGGCCACCACGCUGCACGGUUUGCCGGGCCAGAUCCAGCCCACCUCCUACCAGGACUUUGAGAAGGCCUUCUGCAAGGUCCGCCCCGCUGCCUCCCAGAAGGAGCUGGACUUGUUCCUGGAGUGGGAUAAAAUGUACGGCACCAGGCACUGACGGCGCAGCAUCGGGGGGCAGGGACGGACCCUUCGCCCCAGCCCGAGGCCCUGAGGUCGCUCUGGGGACUUGGCUGACGCCUGGAGGGUUUGGAGGGGCUGGGUUGGAGGUCGCUGGUUCUCCCAUGGAGCCGUGCCGGGGCCAGACCCCCCACCCCCCACAAGUGCAGGAGACCCCGAUGGCAGCACCACCUCCCUCCUCGUUACCAUUUUGGACUCGGCCAGGCUCUUCCUCUCCUUGGAUUUUCGGCAGCCGUCGCCCACGGAACUCAGGAUAACCUAUUUAUUAUUUUCCCGUUCAUCCGUCCCUGGACCAGGGGCCGGAGGCGUCACGGGGUCCGGCGUCAGAUGCACGAGCUCCCCCCGUCUACCCAGAGGCUCGAUGAUUAUUUUUAUUGAUUGCUUUUAUUGUUCCUAACAG